CCCUCGCUCCGCCAUGCCCGUGCGCUUCAGGGGAUUGAGCGAAUAUAAGAGAAACUUCAGAUGGAAAAACCCAGAGUUUUGUAGCCCGUCCCAACAGCAGAAAUCCUUGUGGGCAGGACUGCGGUCGGAUCAGUUUGGAAUCACAAGAGAACCAAACUUCAUUUCCAAGAGAAGGGUACCUUACCAUAAUCCACAGAUUUCAAAGUCCUUUGAAUGGACAGCAGAUUGUGAUUUGAAUGACCCACUUGAAACUGAGGCCCUUAGGAACGCAGAGCUGCACACAGACCACAACAACAAUGAUGUGAAUCAGGAAAAAAUUGAAACGCCAGAAGGACCCAGACUCCCCCCAAAAGUUCAGUCACAUUCAGUAGAUUCUAGAGGUGAAACAGCUCUUGCCCUUGUAGAAAACAACAUGAAGAGAUCACCCUCUGCAGCUCCGCCUAAUCAAAAUGAGGCAUUUGCAUCUCCAAAAAAGGAAUUUGAAAAAAUGGGUAAUGGGCUUCACAGAGCCUUUCAGAGGAAAGCAGACAUGAAUAUUUCACGUUUAAAUACUUUCCCCAGAAAUUCUGAAUAUCAAAGCCAAUUUGUCUGGAAGAGUCCUCAUGAAAAGUCACCAAUACUUGCAGCUGAACAGGUUAUUUGCAACACAAGUAAAUCCAUACCUCCGUUUAAAUCUCCUGCAUUUACUUCUGAAACUGCGUAUGAGAGAAAUUUCAAAGGGUCUCCUCCUGUUAAGGGUCCACAAGAGAGAGAUGAUUCAGAAGAGAAAGAAUUUCCAGUUUGUGAACAAAGUAAGAGGGAAGAACCGUUUCAAAAGCCAGCAGAAGAUGCAGCAAAACAAGGGAAAUCAGAACAGAAACAUCCUAAACAAAAAAAUAAGCAACAUAUCAGUCCAAAGCCCCUCUCUUUACAUACAAGUCGUGGGAAGAUGAACACUGAAUAUAGGUCAAAAUUUUUGUCUCCAGCCCAGUAUUUCUACAAAGAUGGAGCUUGGUCUCGUAUUAGGAGUAAAGUUCCUAACCAGGCAUCUCAAAACACCCUAAAUUCCAUGUGGUAUAUGGAGGUGAGAGAACUUCGAGAAAGAGCAAAGGCUUACAGGCAACGAGUAGAGGGAACACAUUUCUCCCGAUACCAUCUCAAUCAAAUCCUGUCCGAUAAUAACAGUCUUUGGGAUGUGUCCUCAAAUUCCAGUUCAGAAGAAGGCAUCAGCAACAACAUCAGAGCACUUGAUCUUGCCGGAGUUUCUGAAAAAGAGACUGCACCAAGCCCCAAAAUGCUGCACCAACCUGACUCCAGAGAACAGCCACACCAGGACAGCACUGAGAAGACAGACAUGUCAAAUGCUUUAACUGUUCCAGUCAAAAGGCAUUUAGUUUGGGGUGAAGAAGGUGGUACUGAAGAAAGGGAGAACUGGCAAUCAAUGGAAGAGGAAGAAAAACAAGAUGAAAAGGCUGCAGUCGUGGCUCAGCAGUUAGAAGAAAACAAUAAGGGUGCCAAUGAAGAUAAGAAAAUUGAAGGUGAGAAUGCCUUAGUAUUGAAUUCUUCUGCAACUGUAUCAGAUUCUUCUUCUGUAUCCUUGAGGGCAGGUGGCAGGCUUCCUACUCCAAAGCUGAGAGCGCUUGGUGGAGCUCAGAGGACUCAUCAUGAUCUCACUACCCCAGCUGUUGGAGGUGCCGUUCUAGUGUCUCCUCCUAAAUUCAAGUCUUCAUCUUCACAGCAGAGAACACGAGGUUUAGGAACAGACCCUUCUUCAGCUAAGCAAGGUGCAAGAGAAGCUUCAAAAAGAAUGCCCUUCCAGCCUGAUGUGGAAGUGGAAGCUGUUUCACUCCUUACCUCUCCACCUGCUGGGCUGGGAACUUUGGAUCCUCUGCCACUUAGGCAGUAUCAGUGGCCUCCUAACAGUGUUUCUGAUGAGCAAGUUCCUCUUGCUUCAGCCCAUCAAGAGCGUUCCUCUACAUCUCCUGUGCUGAAGUCAGCCAAAAGCUGCUCUAUGCCUUGCUGGAGUCUCUCUCGUCGUAUUCAAGGGACUCUGAAGGAUCCAGAAUUCCAGCAUAAUGGGAAUGUUGGCAAUCCAAAAAUGAGAUCUUUCCAGUUACCCCUUCAGGAAAGAAACUAUAAUGAUGAAGAUGACAGGUUGUCUCAGAUUUCUGCUCGCUCGGCAGCAUCUAGCUCACUUGCUUCUCAGAUACUGGAACGAGCUCAGAAGAGGAAGAAUUUCUGGGGCAAGACAUAAUCUCUCUCUCCCACCUGUUGUAUAGAAACUGUUCUAUAAAAUGAUUUGGUUUUUAUAGUUUGUAGUGUACAUUUUAAAUUGUGAUUGUAGAUAUCAUGCAGCAUCCUUUCAUUUAUCACUAAUGUGGCCCAACUUUUAGGACUUGCCAUGCCAAUUUAAAAUUUCAAUAUUUAAACUAGUGUUGAAAAAGUAGGUCCUUCAUAUCUGAGAGUUAUGUCUUAAUUCACUAUGUCACAACAGCCAUGUGGGGUUUUAUUUUUUUUUACAGUGGCACCUCUUGAAACUGAGAUAAUUAUUUUUUUAUGCAACCUGUGUGUUACUUUUCAAGGUAUUCUGCUGCAGUCAUGCAGUAUGACCUGGAACAGUAUUCAGGAGUAACACCAUCAUUCACCAAACACCUCAGUUGCUUGAUUUUAACCAGCUGUCUUAAAGGCAACUGUGGUAUAUUUGUUUCUGUUACUGUAUGAAUUGUCAGUACAACACAGUGCUGUAACAAAAAGUUACUGUUACUACUUACUGCUUUUAACCUUCUCAUUAUUUCCUAAUGAAGCUAACAUGCAACAUACAGCAGUUUGAGGAAAGGACACUAAGCAUUAGGGUUAGUUCAUUGUCCGCAGUUUUUUGGCCAGGAAGUCUGUCAGAGUUCCAUGUGUACAGUACAGCAGUUUGUC